AUGAACUCACAUUAGCAAUUCGUAAUGUACGGUUGACUGAAUUUCGUAGAAUCAUUUCUCAAUAAAAUAACAAUUAAAAUGUCAUUAUGGUUUACGCUUACAUUUUAUUAUUUCGCGUUGAUUGUUGGAAAUAACGUUUUUAUUGUAGAAUCAGCUCUUGGUUUAAAGGUAAAUAAAAUUGCUGACAAGACAUUACCGUCAGUUAAAAGAGUGACGAAAAAAAUUGGUUUUGAUCCGAUAAGCGUACCCCCCAUAUCAAAAGAUUUGAGCGUAGCGACAAUAAAUUUGACAGACGGCGUUAUAACAGGCGCCACAAAGUUCAAAAGAAAUAAAAACGUUGUAGCUAGUAUUGUUCCAGGUAUUUUUCCUACUGCACGGAUAAACGCUAGUCUUUAUUUCCCUGAACUUUUUGCAAAAUUCAAUUACACGCUUGAAGCCCUCGUUUACACGGACACUGGAACAAUAGACGCUGUAAUAAGUAACAUCACUGCGCAUGUUACUCUCGACUACCGACCUUUGGGAAUAAAACUUACCAAUCCUACUUUUAAAAUUGAUCGAUUUGGAGAUAUCUCUGUGAAUAUGACGAGCGAUUCUUAUAUCAGUUGGCUGCAGAAUGUAAUAGCCGAUAAUGCUAUCCCAUUCUUCAAAGAUCAUAUAGCUGGCAUUGCGGAAGAUACUGUUAAUCAGUUGGUGAAACAAAGUGUCAAGAUCUUUAACAAAAAUAAGUACAAAUAUGCUGUCGAGGCGGUGUUCGAUCGAAUAAGUAAAUUACUGAAAAUUUAGUAUUUUAUUUUACAUUUUCACGCUCCUCGUCAGAUUUGUCAACUGUAUAUUAUUGCAAACACAUCUCUUAAUGCAAUCAUACAUUAGCACAAGUAAUUACAUUUGCUCUUUGCAGUUCAAAAAAUAAACGAGAAACAAAAAAGAAAUUUCUUUCUAC